UGUGAAGGGGAGAAUGAACAAAGUGAACCUUCUGCGCUUGUGUGAACAACAGGCAUAUAUGUGUAUCCCGGGAGACAUCCUGGUAUAGUUCAUAAGCUGAGCUUCUUCAGUGAGCACACACACGCCCAAGGACUACUGCCGGCCCCUUAGCUCAAGCGCUUACAGUGUCAAGUCUAGUGACUUCAAGGAAAACCGGAAACUAUCUAUGGCAUUCCUCCUUCAGUGAGCAGUGUUAACAAUUAACUACGGAAAGCUUAUUAUCACCCUCUAAUUAAAUACUGAUAAGCAUCAUGGCCAUGAUGCCAGGCGGCCUCGACGCCGCUCCUUAUCCACCAGCUCCCAUGAUAAUGGAUGUGGAUCAGGGCUUUUCCCACGUGGCCCACCAUCUCCCUGGACCAAUGCAGCCGCCUCCACAGCCCCUGCAGCAGGCCCAGUACCCAUCACCACCUAUGCUCCAGAACCACAACGUUGAAAAACAAGGCCCCUCCGAGCAGAUGAUGGCUGGAGCAGAACCACCUUACCAGUGUAAGAUUUGUGGUAAAGGUUUCGCCAUCCCAGCUAGGCUAGCGCGCCAUCACCGCGUUCACACCGGAGAGAAACCUUUCAAAUGCGAGUUCUGUGAGAAGACGUUUAGUGUGAAGGAGAACUUGAAUGUACAUCGUCGUAUCCACACCAAGGAACGUCCUUACAAGUGCAAUAUCUGUGACCGAUCCUUCGAACACUCUGGCAAGCUGCAUCGACACAUGCGCACUCACACUGGAGAGAGACCUCACAAGUGCGAGGUGUGUGGUAAGACAUUCGUUCAGUCCGGACAACUUGUGAUUCACAUGCGAGCCCACACCGGUGAAAAGCCAUACACCUGCGAAUACUGCCAAAAGGGAUUCACAUGCUCCAAGCAACUCAAAGUACACAUCCGUACACACACAGGUGAAAAGCCCUACGAGUGUGACGUCUGCGGCAAGACCUUCGGAUACAACCAUGUACUCAAGAUGCACAAAAUGUCCCAUCUUGGCGAGAAGCUGUACAAAUGUACCUUAUGUGAGGAGUUCUUCAACUCUCGCAAGGCUCUCGAUCGUCACAUCCGCGAUCACGACAACCCGGAGAGGGCAUCACGCAAGCAACAGCCGCAACCAACACAACAACAAGAUUCACAAUGGAAGUUCUCGCCUCUUUCAAGUAAUUCAGACGUCAAGGAAGUCAAGGACACCAACACCUCCAACUCUCCCAUCACCAACUCCUCACCAGCCUCCAUAUCAUGGGACAGUGAUUCUAUGGAUCAACAGCUGCCAUUUCGUGAGUUGCGACGGGCCUCUGAAGGGCCCAGCGCUUGUGGACCAGAGGUUUACACCUGCUAUGGAAGCGACACUGUCAGGUCUCGAUCUCCUGGAUACAUCAGUGAUGACAGCGGUAGAGGCGCUAGCCCCGUCAGUGACACUCUCUCCCCACCUCGAUCUCCAGUCGCUUCUGGACCUCCUCUAAUGCUGCCACAUAUCAUGGAUGCGCCGCCCAUUAGACAGCAAUUACCUGUUGGUAGCACUCCCAUUGACUACAACCUUCUACUGCACCGCAUGUACCCAGAUCUCCAGGUGCCCAAGCCAGAGUCCUCUCAUCCUAGUGAUACUCCGCGCAUGGCAGUCUUCACCACGGAGACUGGCGAACGACUCACUUGUCCCUAUGAUCUCCUUUUAUGUCUUCAAAGAAAAAAGGAACAUAACUUCAUGGAUGAACACAAACUUGUCAUGGAGCAGGAAGCCAUCCGUCGGCGCCAGCAACAACAACAGUUGGAAGAACACCUAUUGCGUGAAGAGACGCGUCGUAAGCGUGAGUGUACGUUCAUCAACACAGUACAGCGAGUACUGGAAGCACUCAUCGGUAAUGAACGGCUCGAGCAAUUAGGUCAUCCACAAACAUCUGUCGACGAAGUUCUCAUGCGAACGCUAAAACUUAUGGGCUCACAGCCUUGCAAGGAGCCUUCACUCUCUGCAAUGGACCGGGUCAAGGUCAACCUCAGGCUGCUCCUAGAGUGCAGCGUACCUGAUCAGGACAUGUGGACCAAGUUUGGCUGGAGAGGAAAGCCGAUUGACGACAUUGUGUCAGAGUUCCUAAAUUUCUGCUAGUUUCUUCAAGGUUGUCAUUUACUCAGAAUUGCUCACCAAGUUAAAAAAAGGGGAUAGGAAAAUCCCUCUGCUUAUUGUCAGGAAAAUUGAUUCAGGAGAACUGAUUAAAAAUGUCUAGACAUUAUAAGAGACAAUCUUCCAAAGGUGAAAAGCAGGCAGCUGUUGGAAUGGAGACAUUCUUAUUUAAGAAAUGGAAGAUAUGUGAAGGUUUGAAAGAUUAAAUGUGAAGAAAGAGUACCCCCUUGUCGGAUGACAACUAUGGGUGUGUAGGCCUUUAUUCCAAAGGUGAAAAGCAGGCAGCUGUUGGAAUGGAGACAUUCUUAUUUAAGAAAUGGAAGAUAUGUGAAGGUUUGAAAGAUUAAAUGUGAAGAAAGAGUACCCCCUUGUCGGAUGACAACUAUGGGUGUUAUACCUUUAGGCACUAAGCCCAGCAGCUAACCACAUCAGUGCUAUCUUAGAGACAGACAAAACCUGACAUUAUUGCAGUACCUUGGCAUAGAGACACGCUGACCAAGCUGCUCACCUUGCAGCCAGGGUGAGCGUGAGCCCCGCCGUCCUCUUGUGCCCAGGUAGAGAGCGCCGAUCUCAAAGAGCCUCUACUGGUCUCAUCUUUGCUCAGUAUUUUCGCAGCGCCUGGCAGGUCUGCGAUACCACUAGUCCUUUGUGAAUGUCCCGGUAAUCUUAACUUUUGUACAUUCCACCUUGUUUAUUUGAAGCACAAAAUGUGUUAUAAAUAUUAAAUUAUGUAAAUGAGAUAUAUAUUUUAAAUGUACUGUUUAAUAAAAAUCAAAUGAUA